GGCUCUGCACUUCCCGGCCGGCCAGGGGAGAAAGGAACGGCUCAGUCAGCAGGCCAGGGCCACUGGAGCGAUGAAAAGAUAAUUCUCCCCCCCCACCGCUUCUGGACCUCAUGCGGCGUCAAACCAUUUGUGAGCAGUGACACAGCCAGAUUGGGCCGAAAGGAUAUGAGUGGGAAACUUCAAAACCUGCUCAUGUUUCUGCAGACGUGAAAGGAUUUGUAUAACACAUUCAAAUUUGAUGGACUUUCCCAUGUUACUUUGGACAGCCCUUUUUUGUUGACAUGUUCAAAUAAUGAAUCUCUUAUGUGUAGGAUCCCUUUUCCCCCCCUGCUCUCGAGUCCUGUUCUAGUUGUGGGUAGGGAUGCUGUGCGGACCAUUCCAUCGUCUGUCCCAAGCUUAUGGAGAACCGCUGACUCGCUUGCUUCCAGGAACCAGGGUGCUGAAAUGGAACAUAUAUUUUUGAUUCUUUUACUGUUCAGUAAAGCUUUAUCAGCUGGAGCUCAAUUCAAUGGAUAUAACUGUGAUGCCAACUUUCACAGCCGCUUCCCCGCUGAGAGGGAUAUCAGUGUGUACUGUGGGGUGCAGACCAUCACUCUCAAGAUCAACUUCUGCCCCGUCCUCUUUUCUGGCUACACUGACUCUGACCUGGCCCUCAAUGGUCGCCAUGGAGAUGCCCACUGCCGCGGUUUCAUCAACAACAACACCUUCCCCACUGUAGUGAUCUUUAGUAUCAGUCUGGCCACGCUGGAGUCCUGUGGAAACUCCCUGGUGGUCUCCACAGCUCAAGGACCCAACGCUUAUGGCAACCUGUCACUGGUGCAGAUUGGGAACAUAUCAGGGUACAUCGACACUCCGGACCCCCCCACCAUCAUCAGCUACCUGCCAGGGCUGCUGUACAAGUUCAGCUGCAGUUACCCACUGGAAUACCUGGUGAACAACACACAGCUGGCCUCGUCAGCAGCUGCAAUCUCAGUGAAGGAAAGCAACGGUACUUUCAUCAGCACGUUGAAUCUACUACUAUACAAUGACUCAUCGUACAUCCAGCAGCUGUCCAUCCCCAUGGCUGGACUCACCCUGAAGACGCGUGUGUUCGCAGCUGUCAAAGCCGCUAACCUGGAUCGAAGAUGGAAUGUUCUGAUGGACUACUGUUAUACCACGCCCUCUGGAAACCCCAACGAUGACCUCCGCUAUGAUCUUUUCUUUAGUUGUGACAAAGACCCCCAAACCGCUGUCUUUGAAAAUGGCAAGAGCCAGAUGGGACGCUUUGCCUUUGAAGUAUUCCGCUUUGUGAAGCACAAGAACCAGAAGAUGUCUACCGUCUUCCUGCACUGUGUCACCAAACUGUGUCGGGCUGAUGACUGUCCAAUGCUCAUGCCAAUCUGUGGCAGCAGGAAGAGGAGGGACGUGUCUGAGGGGGGGGAAUCCAGCGCUGCGUCUGGGAACGCCGUCCUGACUGCGGGGCCGAUCAUCACUCGCAGUGAUGACACGCCAACCAACAACUCUCAGCUGGCCCACCUGAAGGCGCCGGUGUUUCAGAUGAACACAGUGACCAGUGCUCUCAUCUCGGGGGUGAUCAUCCUGGGUGCCAUUAGUGUCUGCUUCUUCAUCUUCUCCCUCACCCUCCUCAAAGGCAAAAGCACUCCGAUCAGCAGCCUGUCGGGGGUCCGCAACCCGGCCUUCAACUGAGCACCUGAACGCACCUCACUGCAGGCACUCCUCUAACUGACAAUGCUAAGCCAGGGUCAAACAACAUGGUGUAAUGAUGUUUGUGAAUGUAGUCAUUUAACAGAAGAAUAAAAGCUAAAUGUUGAUGUAGAGAAGGGUUAACAGGUCUGUACAAUGUGCAUUAGUGUAGAGUAAAGCAAGACCUUUGAUGUUCUACUUUGUGUUUCAACCAUGUGGCGGGCUACACCGUGUCCUGCAUGUUAAUAUUCCUCAUACAGACCCACGUAGCAGGGACAAUCCUAACUUAAAUCAUUACCUCAGCUAUACAGCUUUUAAUUUCAGGGUAUAUAAUCCAAUCCCAGGCUCACAGUUCGUUUUUACAGAGCAUAGUAUGUUGGUAAAACUCACACUUCCUGCUUGGAGGAGGAACAAUGUAAACAAUGCAAUGAAAAUACAACUUGAGAGAAUGAGGGCAACUGUAUAAAAGGAACCCAAACUGGAUGUAGUGAACUAUCAAAUACAUGUAUAUAAAUAGAUGUAUUUCCAGGAGACAGACUAAUAAAAGCUGUGGUUUAUGAUUGAUCAAUUGACAGGUCUGUUUUACCAACAUAUGAACUUCACUCACACUAAACAAUUUAUGCAAUG